AUGACGGGCGGUGGAGAGCCUGCCGCGCUGCAAGUUUGGGUCCAGGCGCUUCUCGCACAACGCCAGGUUCUAUUUGACCACCUUGAAGAAGACGGAGGCCUCGUUUACGCUGGAGACACGGAAGAGACGACGCUUCUCAAGCUAAUCCUGAAGCAGCUUGGUAGCUUCUUUUUGGCGUGGGUGGAGAAAGGGGUUCAAGAUCCGGCUCAAAUGGAACAUUGGAGGACGUUCAACGAGACGGAGCGCUUCACGCGGCAAGAGAGAAAGUGGCUCAUCAGCUGCGGUCUCGGCGACUCGGAUUGGCAACCCUCGCAAUACGUCAAGCUUGCCAUCGAAGUCCUCACCGGCGGUCUUGAGGAGCUGGAAAAGUUCACUCCCGCGGCGCCAGCUGAUUCGUGGGGUGACUUUGCUGUGGCCUGCAUUAUCGUGGUCCUUCUCGCAAUUGGGGUACUGGGGUUUUACGUUUUCGUGAUCCGAUGUUUCCUCGCUCAUAGAAGCAGAAUGGCCGUCAGUGAGGAGCUUGUCCGCCAGACCCCGGAUCAGCCAGCCCUGCCGGUAACCCCUGCGGAGAUCAGCAUUCCGAAAAAUGACGUCAGCACAACCUGUUCCGUUCAGAGCGCGUCUUUUACUCCCCUGACGCUCGACACGUCCUGCGCUUUCGACUGCGGCAGCUUCCAAGUCCAACACGCCGCAAUGGGCUUUUACUUGAACAAACACAGGGAAAUUCAGUCUGUUACCGUUCUGAACAGCGUAACGUCAGGGCCUUGGGCCGACACCUGCGACAUCGCGUUGAACUGGACGCGCAAACGGGACGCCGGGGGAGAGUCCGGAGAGGACUUCCGCAAGUUCCGCUUCGAACAAGCACCGGAUUCCGCUUGCACCUACGCAGUCUCUGCGAUGGGCUUCCAUCUGACGGGUUACAAGGCGGUCGAUGAGACGAAGCUAAUGGAAUGGUCGGGGGAUCUGGCCGGUUUGCAGUAA